CUUACUAUCAAAUUUUUUGGUGGUCUUCCUCUUCCUCUCCCUUUUCCUCUUUUUGGUGUUGGUGAUUGCAUCGAUGACAUUGCUGAUGACGCUGAUGACCCUAAUUGCACUGAUGAUUUUGCUGAUGGUACUGAUGACCCUGAUGGUCUUGAUGGGACUGACGUUUCACUUAAUAACAAACAUCUGCUUUUGGGUCCUUUAGAUCUUGAAGUUCUUGAGGAUCUAGACAUCUGA